UUACAGAAUAAGCACCUAAAACUUGAAAAACAUUAACUUUCUUUACGGAUUUCUUACUGCUCAAAGCGAAAACAGCAUCUCCGAUUGCAAACAAAAGCCUUCAGUAGCUGUCAGUUUCUUUCAUUCUAUUUCUAAGCGUCGCGGGCGAUUUUGCUGCGGAUGACUUCACCUGUUUGCUAUAGACACUUUGCUCUAAAGAGGAAAUUGGCGGAUCUAGGAUGCGAUUCACAACAGCAGCUUUGACUAUGAUCGUGUGUAUCGUUGGUUCCUCUAUAUUUGUAGCCAAUUUAGCUAGCCUUAUCGGGUUCGACAAGCAACUUAGCAGCCGUUUAGAUGCGGCUUUGGAUGAUGGCCACAAUCAGGCGCACCGGCAACUUAGACUAGACGACAGCCCGAGCCAUCUGAUGUGGUUUUUGCAGAUCUCGGACAUUCACAUCAGCAAGUAUCUGGAUCCAUCUCGCGUGGCACACUUGGUGGAAUUUUGCAAUCGGACAGUGGAUAUUAUCCGCCCUAGUGUCGUUCUUGCUUCCGGCGAUCUAACAGACGCCAAAACGUCGAAUUAUCUCGGAUCUCAGCAGCACGAACAAGAGUGGCGUUGGUACAAUGAGCUGCUACAUGACACAAACGUGCUAAAUCGAACUAUAUGGUUGGACAUACGUGGCAAUCACGAUAACUUCAACGUGCCCGCCUUGCAGGCACGACAGGACCUAUUCACCAAUUAUUCAGCCCAAGGCAAAUAUCACACCCGCUCGUACAUGCGGCAGAUCGAGCGGGGAGGAGAACGGUAUGCGUUCAUCGCUGUGGACGCUUGCCUCGAUCCGGGUCCGAAAAGACCAUUCAACUUCGUGGGUAUGCUGUCGAUCAACGAAACGCGCCAUCUGCUUAAUCUGUCCGAGCAAUCUCGGGCCACGGGUAGCAACUACACAAUCUGGUUUGGACACUAUCCUACGUCAUGCAUUUUAACGCCAGGCUUGGGUUCUGGGGGCAUUCGCAACCUGAUCGGACGCUAUCGGGAGGCAUACGCGUACCUUUCAGGUCACUUCCAUACGCUUGGGGGGGCCGUACCACAUAUGUACACAUUGCAGGAUGAAGGAUUUUUAGAGCUGGAGCUAGGCGACUGGAUGCGUAAUAGACGAUACCGAUUGGCUGCGUUUGAUCAUGGAUACUUUUCGUUUGUUGAUGUGCAGCACAAUCAAUGGCCAGUUGUUUUGGUGACUAAUCCAAAAGAGGCGCUUUUUAAUAUCCCUGAAAAGGAAUCGCCGGGUCCAGUUCUUGAAUCUACCCACAUUCGAAUAUUAAUAUUUUCUCCGGCCAAAAUCACAGAGUGUCAGGUAAAGCUCGACGCCGGCAGCUGGGAGGAAUGCAUACGUAUUAAUCGGGAGUUGUAUGUAGUGCGAUGGGAACCAUCGCUUUACAAACGAGGCCUCCAUAGGCUAUUGGUGUAUGUUCUGGACGAAGAUGGUCGGAGCCGCGUUGUGGAGCAAAAAUUUACACUAGAUGGAUCCCGGCUGAGUUUCGAUUUUCUAGCAAAACUCGUGCUAAUGUACGAUACAAACAAAUUGUUCCAGGCAUUCUUUAGUGUUGCUCUCAUCAUAUAUCUAGUGCCAUUAUGUGUGUUUCGAAUAUGGCAUAGUCUUGUUCGAAAAGGCACACUGCCUCGACCUCGACCUCGCACUUUUGGUUUCAAUACCUGGAUACGCAAAAUCUGGAUCCUUUCUACCGUUGAUCGGCUAAUGUUUCCCCUCGUGGGCUACUGUCUGUAUCUGGCAUGUGGCCCCUGGUCAUUCGGGGAGAUCAUCGAUGGGUACAUGGGUGUAGUUUUUGUGUGGGGAAUUUUCGUUAACAACGCCUUUCUACCUGGUACUCUCACCUAUUUGUACGGCUUUUUCCAACUCAUGCUGUGUCAGCUCCCGUUGACCAUUAUUUUUGCCAACAAUGCCUCACGACGCUUCUAUCGCCGGGACAUGGAAAAGAAUCAUGGAUGGAUAGUGACGCUGUGGAAGAACGCGACAUUCAUUCUUAUAAUGACGGUGGAGGUAAUAUUAGCUGCAAUCUUUUGGCAUUCUUACGGCCUGCUGGCCUUCAUCAUCGCUCCUUUGCGGGUUUGGUCGAUUGUAAUGAACAUAAUCCUAUGGCAUCAGUCGCGCUACAUUCCCGAGAAAUGUCUACGAUCAGCUGCAACCGUGUGGUCUUUAUCGGAACCAAAAAUUUCCACACUUUCCCAGUAAAAUUGAUGAUAUUCAGCCGUAGUUGAUGCCUUUCCUUUUGAAUGAAAUGCAACAUUUUGCCUGAAAGAUGGUCGCUUUCAUGUGUUCGACAAGCGUCAGCAUAGCAGCAGCAUUUUCAUGUCUCUAGAUCAUUGAGGAUCAGGUGCUAAUCAUAUUAUAUUAUACAGGAUCGAUUUCAUAAUGUAUCUAUCCUUAUUUCUUGUGAACAUGUGGACUGUUGUUACGGCGUAAAUACCCAUAAAUGUAUUAAGGUAAGCUAAACGCUACAAUGAAAUGAAGUGUAAACUGACCAAACAAAAUACCGAAAUCAAAGAAAAACCAAAUACCGAAAAAUAGUUCAAACAGUAAAACUAAUAGCAACAAACUAGUUAGUUAUGUUCGAUACGUGCUGCUGCAAUUCCUUGGUUUUAAGGAAUAGAAUUUAGUAAGAGCUACUAAUUUUGUGAAUUGAUUUUAUUUUAAUACAUUACGCAUUUUUUUACGCACCAACAAAACGGUGGAAGUAACGAACGAAAUAGAAAUUAAAAAAAAAAUUAAUUUGCCUGUUUUAGAAUGAUGAGCAUAAUGAG